UCAUUUUUGAGAGAGAAUAACAGUAUACAUAUAAACACUGACACAACGGACCCAGUGGCUCUCCAUUGAGAAAACGAAAUGCUUCCGCUGUCACUGCCACCUUGCGUCAUUGCAUGAGAGACACUCACACUGAACUCAACUCACCGGAGUCUAUCAUCGAUCGUCAUCAACACUCGUAUACUCCGUACACAGGGAAAUGCUAGGCACUCGUUAAAGGCUUAAAAAGGUUUUGUAUUUACGAAUUGGGAGUUUGGAGGCACCUUUGUUCAAAAUGUCUGACCUUCCAUUUAAAGUCGGUGAAUUGAUUGAGUCACGAUACUUUUCAAACGGUUUUCGUGGUGCAUGGUUCAGGUGCAAGAGAGUACUCAAAUCAAGGUGUAUCAAAAACCCACUCACAUUAACAAGUCAAAGGGACUCAACAAGGUAUUGAUGGUGCGACCUCGCUUUCCUACCAUAUAUCGUGAAAGUGAAAAGCUUGAUGUAAAUGCCAUCUCAGAAGUGGUCGUUAUUGUUGAUGACACAUGGAAGAUUGGGGAUUUGGUAGAUUGGUUUUCUGAUGGUUGCUAUUGGUGUGGAAAAGUGACUGAACUAAUUGGAAAUGACAAAGUUCAGAUUGAUUUGCUACCUCCUCCGCAUGGUGAAGGGUGUUCUUAUGAAGCUUUAAGUAAGGACCUGCGCCCUUCCUUGGAAUGGUGCCCACAGAAUGGUUGGACUGUGCCUAUGCCUACGGAGGAUGGACGUAGGUGUCCUGCUCGGAUAAUGAAUCCAGCAAAUUCAGCAGGGAGUAUUGUGAACAUAACUGCUGCUACAGAUGGAGCCGUAAACGUUGAUCAGCCUUCAUCUAGAUCCAUGGAUACUAGAGAGAAUAUGGAUAUUGAAGUGGCUGACAAUAAAAAUGGAAGAACUUCCUUUUCCGAUAUUAUUUCAAGCUCACAUAAUUCUGAUUCAUCAAUUGAGAUUCUGGAAACGGCUCCUAUAAAUAGACAUGAUGAUGAGUAUCCUGCUAAGAUGAGAACCGCCAGUAAUAGCCUUUGUCUGAAUUCCUCUUCUUCAAAUACAACAGACUCGGCAAUUCUAGAUUUGGAGGAACUUUUAAACAGAGUUAAAUGGUUAAGGAGUGUGUUGAAAUGUGAGGUGCCUCUAUCAGGUGCUAAACGCCCAUCUUGGCAAUUUUCGCAGCAUCAUGCGUCAUGCAAUUAGUUGUUUUCUAACAACUGUAAGACCUCGGCAUACAAUCUGAUGUUGUUGAAUAAUGCCUUGUCCCCGCGGCUGGUUCGGAAAAUACCAAAGUUUCUUUUUUUUUUUCCUUCUCCAUUUUUGUCUCUUCCUCUUGGCAGAAAUUGCCUGCAUUUUUCGUGACUCUGUUCUUGCCGCAUCAUGAUUUGCUGCAGUCGGGAAAGAACGCAGUCAUGUCGGUCUUUAUUUAAGCUUGUUAUUUUUUGAGUUACAAUAAUCUACUGCUUCUGAUCAUCAGAUCAAAUUUAACGGCUAAUAGAAUAUUGACCGUGUGAUUGUGUGAAGACAGUGACAGCAGCACAUUCAGAUUUUUUCUUGCAUAAAACAAUGUACUAAAGUAUAGUUGAACUUAAAAUCAAAUAAAAUAAGAAAUAUAACGGAUAGAUUGAGAAAUUAUCUAAUGCUAUGUUUACAAAUUGUUUGGUUCUUAAGCUUGAAUGCAUACAAAAUGCUGGUCCUUUUUUUACCCUAUGAUUAGUAUACUGUAUUAUAUUUACAUUUUAAAAUCUUAAAUUAGAUUCCUAUAAAUCAAAAAGUUAUUGCUCACAAAAAUAAAUUAUCAUCUGAAUGCUUCCAAAAGUAUUUUCUCUUCUGGAAGUUUUGAAUUUUUAGUAAUUAAGAUUAUUUAGUUUGAGUUGUUAUCUGCUGUCAAUAAGAUUAGUUAAAAGUCUGUAAUAAAUAGAAAAUAUAUGUACUGAUAAUACCUAUAGAACGAGUACAAUAUUUUUAAUACUUGAAAAAGUAUAGUUAAAGUGUAUUUGCAGCUAAUGGUAUUGUAUUAUGAAUAAGGGCAAAGUAGUCAUUACAAUAACUAAUUCUUAUGAUGAGUUCUUAUGAUGAGAAGGGACAUUUGGCACAUGAUUCUAACAUUCAGGAGCAAAGAUGUGGAAUGAGAGCCAAAAUUCCACACAGAAAGUAUGUGGGUGACUUUCUUAAAUAGAGUAGGAUUCACCAAUGAUUGGGUGUGGAAUUAAUUGGUGGAAACCUGACUCCCUUAUUUUCCUGAAGCUUAAGCUUUUCUUGAUCCUUCUUUCAAUUCCAUGUAUUCAUUACUACAAUUGGCUUAGCCAUUCCAUUACUAUGUUGAGUUGUAAUUGUACUGUUGCAUUGUUGAAGUACAAAUUUCAACUCCUUUUAUAAUUUCUUCAUUUUCUGCUACAUAAUUCUUACAAUUGACGCUUUCGUUGAGUUAAACCAUGACUGACAACACACGUAUGAAGUGCAUGGAGAACUCACUUGUAGAGAUGAACAAAAUGCUACAAAAAUUCCUGGAAGAUGCAGAUCGACGUCACUGUAACACCCUUCUAAAUCUCCGCGUAAUAGUAAAUAAAUUCUCAGAGUAAACAUGAAACAAGGAUGUCACAACUCAAAAAUAACAAAAUAUCAGAUCGAUUGUCAUGCUUCACGAGAAACGAAAUACCAUUUUAGCAAUUCAUGUUCAACACAACGGAAUAAUUUAAAACGGAAUAACAUAAAUCUUCACCGAUGCAUAAACCAAUUAAAACAUAAUCCAAAACCCAAUGAAAAUGAGAGUAUAAUAAUCAACUCUAAAACUAGCGUUCCCCAGUGUUACAAGAUCAGAGCAUGACACCGACGCUAACUAACGGACUAGUCUAUAAGUUAUCCUCACCAAGCUCAA